UUCGCUGCCGCCCUUACCAUCGCCUUCUGUUUGCUCGCUGCACGGAGCGCAAAACCUCACAUCUAAUCGGGAUUCGAUGGUGGCUGGUCCGCUUCAGCGCCCCGAGUAGCGCUCCUGGAUUGUUAACGUUGUGCUAGCACUUCGCCUCAAUCUGAAAUGAGAAGAGCUUCCUGAUGUUGCCUGUGUACAAGCUAAAACUUUCGUACAAAGGGAAAGUGGAAGACAUAAGUGAAACCACUUAGAUUGGAACCAGUUUCAGCAAUACCUGAUUGAAAUAUCAGCUGGUUGAUGGGACCUCUUAAGGGCAAUGAAACAAAAGCCUUGCUAGCUUUUGGGUUUCUGAUGAUAAAACAGUGCCACCUAGAUGACAUUAGAUGCUAAUUGCUGGAUUACUAUGCCAUUCACCAUAUUUUUUUAGUGAUCAUGGCAUUAUGUUCCUGGUGGUGAGUGUUGUAACAUCGUUGGAGGCAUCUUGCACCUUCAUGAGAUUCUUGGGUGCAACCAUUUUUGUUGAUAAUGUUACAUGAUAACUGGCCUUACAUUCAUUUCAUUCCUGUUUAUCUACAGACCAUUAUAGAUAAAACACAUUUUUCUAACAGUAUCUUUGACAUCCGUGGCCACAAAAGAAAAAAAAAAACACUUAAUUGGGCUAUACCUAAAUUACAGAAUUUGUAUUUUAAGAUGGGCCUCAUGAUGCAGGAGGUUCUUUUCUGAAUCAUGAUGUUCUAUUGAUUGCUAAGAGUACCAUUUUCCUUGUCUAUACAAGAAAGGUUUCCGGGAAAUGUGGUUUUGAAGGACUACAACAAUCAUGCAGCCCCUAUUUCAUAUGCAAGGCUGAAAUGUAUAAAUUAUUUCUCUGUUUACUGAUAUAUGGUCUUUCUUAUUCUCUUAUUUAACAUUCUGAAAAUCCUCCAUUACCUUAACUUAUUCUCUUUUGCAUCUUUGUCAUCUCGUGCAUUUUUCCCUUUUUCUUCCCUGUGUAAAAGUCUUUCAUCUGAUUGUUCAUUGCUAUUGGUAUUCCUUGGCUGUUUUUCUAUGAUAUCAUUAAGGAGAACUGAAUUACUUCUCUCCUUGAUUUAUCAUACUCAUUAUGGUCUCCGCCUCUGCUCUUCUGCUGCAAAAAUCAGUGGAAGCAGCUGGGAUCCAACUGUUUCCCUACGCCUUGAGCACCCAACACUUAUUCUUCUUGAGAAAUGCAGAAACUAUGAUCAUUUCAAACAAAUAUUGGCACAAAUGAUGAGGCUCCACCUUAUUACCCAGACUUUUCCCAUGAGUAGGCUCCUAUAUUUCUCUGCAGUUUCUCACCCUGAGCAUCUGAACGAUGCUGUCCACCUCUUUAAGCACUUCACUCCCCAUCCCAAUCUGUAUAUUUACAACAUUAUGAUAUCAGCUCUAUCUUUCUCAUUGAGCCAAUCGCUCAACCUUUAUACAUCUAUGCUUUCAUCAUGUAUUUUGCCUGAUGAACACUCCCUUCUCUCCCUCCUUAAGUCAUCCAAAUACACUUCAGAGGUAAAGCAGAUUCAUGGUCAUGUCAUCAUAAAUGGAUUCAGUUCAAAUGUUUAUCUACAAAACUCUCUUAUGAAGAUGUAUCUGGAGACUGGAAAGUUGGCUCUUGCUCAACAGGUGUUUCAAUAUAUGCCUAACCGAGAUACUGUUUCAUACAAUAUCAUGAUAUCUGGUCAUGCCAGAAAGGGAUAUAGCAUGGAAACACUCAAAUUGCUCCAUGACAUGACUGUUUCAGGUAUUGAACCUGAUCAGUAUACCAUUGUGGGUCUUCUUAUGUCCUGUGGCCAGCUGAGAGAUGCACACUUGGGGAAGUCUGUACAUGGGUUGAUCAUACGGAGGAUGCCUUUCAGUGGCUGGGGCUUAAUCUUGAACAAUGCUCUUUUAGAUAUGUAUGCGAAAUGUGGGGAGAUGAAGACUGCUAUGGAGGUGUUUGAUGGAAUUGAUGAGAGGGAUGAAACUUCAUGGAACAUAAUUAUUGGAGGAUUUGCCAAUGCUGGUGAAUUGGAUAUUGCCUACAGGCUUUUUAGUGAAACACCUUUCAGGGACCUGAUCUCAUGGAAUUCUAUUCUUGCUGGGUAUGCUCGUAAGGGGGAUCUCAGAACAGUGAUGAAACUAUGUGGGGACAUGCUUGCUUGUAAUAUUAAACCUGAUAAGAUGACCGCCAUUGCUUUGGUUUCUGCUGCUGCUGAGACAGGAGUUCUGCAUCAAGGGAGAUGUGUACAUGGUUGGGUAGCAAAGGCACAUGGAACUCUGGAUGCUUUCCUGGGAUCAGCAUUGGUAGAUAUGUAUUGCAAAUGUGGAGAUAUUGAAAGAUCUUAUAUUGUUUUUGAUUUGGUUUAUGAAAGAGAUGUUACGAUAUGGACAGCUAUGAUCACAGGCCUUGCAGUCCAUGGUCAUGGAAUCAAAGCUUUAGAGUUGUUCUGGAAAAUGCUGGAAGAAGGUGUAAUGCCAAAUGCUGUGACCUUAGUUGCUGUUCUUACUGCUUGUAGUCAUUCUGGUUUGGUGGACCAGGGGUAUAAAAUUUUUGAGCAUAUGAAACAAAGCUACAAUAUUGAGCCAGGAAUAGAGCACUAUGGGUGUCUGGUUGAUCUUCUUGCACGAUCUGGGAAGCUGACUGAGGCGAUAAAUGUGAUUAAGGGGAUGCCAAUGAAACCCACUCGGUCUGUUUGGGGAGCUAUUUUAAGUGCUAGUAAGGUCCAUCAAAAUAUGGAAAUUGCAGAGGCUAUUUCUGGAAAGCUGCUAGAGCUGGAGCCUGAGGAAGAAGGUGGCUAUAUUUUGUUAUCCAACAUAUAUGCUGCUUGUGGGAAGUGGAACUAUUCUGACAAGAUCAGAAAGGCUAUGGAUAGCAGAGGGGUGAAAAAGAUAGCGGGAUACAGCAGAGUGAUUAUUGAUGGAGUUGUUACUGAAUUUAUUUCUUCAGAUAAGAGGCAUCUGAGGUGGGCUGAGAUCUAUUUCAUGUUAUGUGAUCUGAACAGAGUAUUGAGGGCAGGUGUGGAAGUUCCAUUUCAGUGUUUGCAACAGAUACAAGGCCUAGACAUGGAAUGAGUUCUGUUGGUUUCUUUUACAGCGAAACUGAUGGCAAAGCAAUGAAGGUGCAAUCAGCUAUCAACACGAUACGCACAUUCAUCCCGAACUUGAUGAAACCUUUUUAGAUGCUGGUCCUUGUGAUACGGACUUCUGGUAUGUAUGGAUGACUGAGAUCUAUCUUCAUAGACUACUUUACACAGUGGAGGGUCAUGCAUAGACUACUUCACCCGGUGGAGGACCAUGCAGACUGCAGCACACUAGCGGAUAAAAAAUGAUCAGGCGCAGGGAAGCUAUACUUUUGUUGAAGAACCUGUUAGAAGAUAAAGAUUUCCCCUGAUGUGGACACUUAUUCAAAAGAUUAUUUGUUGUUGCUUAUGCCAUGAUGGUUUCAUGCUUGCUGCAUUUCUCUUGGGAAGGCAGGUAUUCUACUAAACUAUUUGAGUUAUGAUAAGACAACUUCCUGAUAUUAUUAAUGAGUAAGCAGUUUGAAGGAGUCUUGUACCCAUGUCAGGGAUGUGGCUCCUCCCGUUGUGUUCAUCUUAUCUUGAUCAAGUUUGUUAGAAAUGUAGCUGUCAUUUUCAGCCAAAAGAACAUGGACUUUGUUAAGGCACUUGUGGUGAGAGGGGCAUAACAAAGGAACUUUUGAUUCAGUUGCUUUGUUCUUCAUAUGAAACAUUUCUUUGGCCAUUGGAUACUUCAAGCAAACAACAUUAGCUGAUCACAAAAUAAGUUCUAUGCUGAUUUUACUAAAGAUAUUUUCAGAAUUAAUAAAGAAAAUGUUCAUUUCGCAAAUUUUCCAUUGAUCAAGCAAUUCUCAAUAACCAAUUAACACCAAGCCUUGCCACUAUAAUUUGGUGCUAGUUGAAUAUGAUUCUCUUCAUUGUUUAACAUGCUUUCUGUGAGUUGCACUCAAGCUGACAUCAGCCUUCUUCCCUUUUCAUCCAGUUUGAGACAGGCUAUGACUUUGUUAAAUAACUCAAAUGAAUCAUGAAUUAUGCAAUGUCAUUAAUUUUAAGAUUUAUUCACAGGUUUUUUGCAGUUUAUUCAAAGACUAAUACAGGGCAACUAUGUAAUGAUGCUAUUUUUUCCUAUCAAUUCUAAUGAUUAUUUUUGCAUGAUUAAGUAGAUGUACUUGUUCAAUUGAUUAUCCAUGUAUGAUCAUUGACAAGGUCCUCUAUGAUUUUUUUAUUUUUCAAGAAUUUUAAUAUACAGAAAUGAUCCUUGUUAUUUGGCCUUGGAACUUAAACUGUCAUCAAUCACAUAUUUUGCAUUGUAUUGUUGUUGACUUGGGAAGCAUAGAAGCGCUACAAGAAGGAAAUGCUUCCAAUUAUGUCAUUGGUCUGUUAAAUUACCUAGGGUAUGAUUUGGGUCUGCUGCAGUGGAAAACUCAUCUGUCACUAGAGAUCUGCCGGCGAUACAAGCUGAACUUUGAGAUUCGUGAUUGACAUACAACCAGACUUUUUCUUACAGAUGCAGCUAAUAUUUUAAGUGAGUUCCCCACAAAAUGUAUCAAUAACAAUGAAUUCUUCAUGGAUGCAUUAGCCGUUAGAGCAACCUCUAUACUGUACUAAAAGAAAUAGAACACUUGCCAUAUCAAAGAACCCUGGAGUUAUUUUUCAUAUUUUUCUCUGAUAACAUACCAUUAUAUAUAAAUAAAUAUUCUGUAUAAUUCCGGGAAGAAUCCUUCAUAGAAACAAUAAAAUAUUUACAACAUUGUAGUAGAAACAUAAGUUAUUAAUAUAUUUAAUACUAAAGUGAAGUAGGUAUCAAAUGAUAACUGUAGUAUUAUGUUACCAUCUC